AGGGAGGGAGGGAGAGAGAGAGAGAGAGAGAGAGAGAGGGGAGGGGGAGAGCAUGAAGGACGCGCUCCAGCUGUCUCCCUGACAGACUGAGCCGGGGAGCUGAGCGUGGGGGCUGCAGCCCGCUCUCACACAGAAAAAAACACACAAAACUUCCCCUCUCUCCCGCGCUGCCCUGCGCCUCACCGUGCGGUGCGGAGCACACGGACUCUCGUCCUGCCGACGGAUCUUGUGCCCCCCUUCUCUAAAAGCCCCCUGUGCCCCCCUCCUCCUCCCUCACACUCCCGUCCUUGCCUUGCAUCUUCUCUGACCAAACCUCAUGUCGUUUUGCCUGGUUGACUACUUCGACAUGGAAUCGCCCACCAAGGAGAUCGAGGAUUUCGAGAACAACUCGCUGAAGUAUCUGCAGCCGGAUCAGAUUGAGAAGAUCUGGCUAAGAUUGCGCGGACUGAGGAAAUACAAGAAGACGUCACAGAGGUUGCGAUGCCUUGUGAAGCAGCUAGAGAGGGGCGAGGCAUCGGUGGUGGACCUGAAGAAGAACCUGGAGUAUGCCGCCACCGUGCUGGAGUCGGUCUACAUCGAGGAGACGCGGCGUCUGGUGGACACGGAGGAUGAGCUCAGCGACAUCCAGUCGGACUCUGUCCCGUCGGAGGUCCGUGACUGGCUGGCCGCCACCUUCACGCGGCAGAUGGGGCUGAUGCUCCGGCGGACAGAGGAGAAGCCGCGCUUUCGCAGCAUCGUCCACGCAGUGCAGGCUGGGAUAUUUGUGGAAAGAAUGUACCGACGGACGUCCAACAUGGUAGGAUUAAGCUAUCCUCCCAGCGUGAUCACCGUUCUCAAGCACGUGGACACAUGGACAUUUGAUGUGUUUGCUCUGAAUGAUGCAAGCGGAGACCAUGCACUGAAAUUCAUCUUUUAUGAGCUGCUCACAAGAUACGACUUGAUCAACCGCUUCAAGAUACCCAUCUCUGCACUGGUAUCCUUUGUGGAAGCUCUGGAGGUGGGCUACAGCAAGCACAAAAACCCCUACCACAAUCUGAUGCAUGCAGCAGACGUGACGCAGACCGUCCACUUCUUCAUGCUAAAGUCGGGCAUUGUGCAUUGGAUGACGGAGUUGGAAAUCUUUGCACUGAUCUUCGCGGCGGCUGUGCAUGAUUACGAGCACACCGGAACCACUAACAACUUUCACAUCCAGACCAGGUCGGAUAUGGCAAUCUUUUACAACGACCGCGCCGUGCAGGAGAACCACCACGUGAGCGCGGCCUACCGCCUCCUGCAGGACGACGAUGAGAUGAACAUUCUGUACAACCUGUCCAAGGACGACUGGAGGGAGUUGCGGGCCUUGGUGGUGGAGAUGGUGCUGGCUACAGACAUGUCCUGUCACUUCCAGCAGAUCAAGGCCAUGAAGAAUUUCCUCCAGCAGCCCGAGGCGAUUGACAAAACCAAGGCCUUAUCGCUGCUGCUCCACACAGCAGACAUCAGCCACCCAGCUAAGAACUGGGACCUGCAUCACCGCUGGACCACCUCUCUGCUGGAGGAGUUCUUCCGACAGGGUGAUAAAGAGUCGGAGCUCGGACUGGUCUUCUCACCGGCCUGUGACCCCAAGUCUACCAUGGUGGCUCAGUCUCAAAUCGGUUUUAUCGAUUUCAUUGUGGAGCCGACCUUCACUGUGCUUACGGACAUGACGGAGAAGAUUGUGACACCGCUCAUCGAUGAGGCCUCGCGAUCGGGUCUGGCAGGAUUCCGCCGCUCCAGAUCUGGCCUGAAUAACAUCUCCCCAGACGGGAAGCGCUCCAGCGUCAAAAGCACGGGCUCGGAGGGCAGCACUUCGCUCAACUGCUCCCUGCUCACCGUCGACUUCAAGAGCUUCAAGUCCACGUGGAACGAGGAGGUGCAGCAGAACAGGGAGAAGUGGAAGGCCCAGGCAACCAAAGACUUGGAGGAGAAGGCCAAGCGGGAGGCUGAAGAGAAGGCUAAGCUGGAGGAGGCCGAGGGCAAGAAGGAGGAGGGCAAAGAGUCGGAGACCUCAGACCCCGCACAGGACAAGGACACGAGGGCAACGAAGGACACAAAAGACACUGCAGAGAGUACAGACAAGGAGGAGAAAGAGAGAGCGAGAGAAAGAGAAGGAGAAAGAGAAAGAAAGAGAAAAGGAGAAGGAGAAAGAAAAGGAGAAGGACAAAGAAAAGAUUCGGACGAGGACGGACAGAGCAACUCACCUGGUUCUCUGGCGGCCGCAUCGGCAUCCGCGGCCUCUGCCAGCGAUGCAAACUAA